AUGACUGAAUCCAAUAACCGGGACUGGUUCUACUACAGUCCUACAGGUGACCUGACAAACUCGAUCCAGAGGCAUCACACCCAUAAAGGAGCAGGUUAUGAUGAAAGGUUCUUCUGGAACCAGCACAUGCUUCAGGAUAUCUUAGAUACCCAGAACAAAGAGCUAGCAAGGCCAUGGAUCAUCCCCAUUGUCCAGGGAUGUGUUCAGAUUCGGGAGUGUCGCAUGACCUUUGCUCCAGAGGAAGGAGCCCAGAGCGGGGGCAGUGGUGCAGACAGCGAUGACUCGGACAUCAAAUUCAACCUCAUGCUCAUCUCUAGGAGAAGCAAGUUCAGAGCCGGAACCCGAUACAGGAGAAGAGGCAUAGAUGAGAGUGGGGCGUGUGCAAACUAUGUGGAGACGGAGCAGAUCCUACAGACUGCAGAACACUCGGUUUCCUUUGUCCAAGUCCGAGGGUCGGUACCGGUCUUCUGGAGCCAGCCCGGCAUCAAGUACAAACCGCCUCCAAGAAUCGAUAGAGAUGAUGAUGAGAGCCAGGAAGCUUUUAAGACUCACUUUGAGGAGGACCUGCAGCGAUACCGUCAUGUAGCCAUCAUCAGUCUCAUCGAACAGGCCGGCAGAGAGGCUAUCGUAGGCUCAGCCUUCAUGAAGCAUGUUCUAUUGUACGACAGCCCCAAGCUGACCUACAUCACAUUUGACUUCCAUGAAUACUGUCGAGGCCUACGUUUUGAUAAAGUGUCCGUUCUUCUCGAGAGCAUCCGAGACGUCAUCAAGGAAAUGAGAUACUGCUGGGCUGAUGCUGAGGGGGUGAUCCUGGAGCAGAGAGGUGUGUUCAGGGUGAACUGCAUGGACUGUCUGGACAGGACCAAUGUGGUUCAGACGGCUCUAGCCAGGGUGGUGCUCAGAACACAGCUACGCAAGCUGGGUCUGCUGCUACCUGAGCAAAGGCUUGUCCCCAGCAUCAAGACGAUCUACCAGGACAUGUGGGCCAACAACGGGGACAUCGUCAGCCGGCAGUACGCUGGGACGGCCGCUCUUAAGGGAGACUAUACACGGACAGGAGAGAGAAAGCUAACAGGGCUGAUGAAAGACGGGUACAACUCAGCGAGCAGAUACGUGCAGAACCAGUUAAAGGAUGCCUUCAGACAAGUGGCAAUAGAUUUGAUGUUGGGGAACCAGGAGAUCCAAGAGGAUCUCACAUUGAUUGAUGAGCAGAAGGCAUCCGCCGAGAUGGGUAAAGAUGUCUGGGAUGGUGUGGAUGAGGAAGAUAUCAAACAGAGGAUUCAACAAUGCUCCAGGUUACUACUACCAAAGAAUGAAGCCAAGAUGAAUCUAGGAGGCUGGGUGCUUAUUGAUUGUGACUCAGGGGAUCUUGAUGACAGUGGUGAGGAUGACAGGGAUAUCAUUCUGAUCAUAUCGGAGAAGGCUUACUACAUUGCAAGCUAUGAUGAUGAGGCAGAGAAGAUCACCCAGUAUGAAAGGAUACCAAUAGAUGCAAUGACUGCUGUGGGCAUAGGAUCAGCAACGACGUUCUUCUCCCAUGCCAAACAGCGCUGCGUGCGCAUCUAUCAUUCUGUUCAGGGUCAGGAUGGUUACUUCAGCACUCUGAAAGCGCUGCCUAGUCAGUCAAAGGAAGCAGCUGAAGAUAUCCUUCAUGCUCUUGUAGAAGCCCUUGCAAAGGCCAGAGCAGCUAAUAAUCUGGGACUGAAGGUUGUUGAGGACAAGAUGGAAAAGAAAAAAAGCAGGGUCUCCCAAGAGGUAAUCCGUCUCACGUCCCAGAAACGUUUCACCAUGUGGUUACAGGACAAGUUUGUUCCAGAAUCGGUCCUUGCCAAGCGCAAAGGUGGCAACCAGGGUGGUGAGCAGAGCCCUUCUGAUCAGCCCAGCAGCCGUCAGCUUAUCAAGCCUAUCAGAGCACAGGUCAUGAGCAGAUACUUCCAGUCCAUGGGGGACAAGGUCUCCAAUCUGAACCCCCUGAAGAAGGUACGCUUACGGAAGAGGCAGUCCAAUCCGCAGACGGAAAGCAUCGGGAUGGAGAACCAUGCUUUAGCUGAGGAUGAGGAGAGCCAGGAUGAACUAGAUGGCAUCGAUGACAGUGACGACGAGAUCCUGCUUGAUUCGUCGUCUAGCGAUGACACGUCGUUUGACGGGCUGAGCUUGGGAGCCUGUCUGGAAAUCCUGGGAGGAAAUGCCGAUGUGGACCCAGAAGAUGAUCCUCAUAACAACAGCGUGGUUUCUCAUGAUGGAGAGAUCAUCCUGACGACAUGCGGCGUGCUGGCUGUUGAUCAGGAACGAAACAUGAGAAGUCUGAACCUACGUAGAAUAACGCCUCGAAAGAACUACCACCGUGAUGCUGCUGAUAAUGCUAACAUGAUUGCCAAUGCCAACGAAGAGAGGGUGAGGAGAGGAAGAUUGUUGUCAGAUGGUGAAGAUCAGAGUAGGAAGUACAGCACCUUAGGUCGGGUAAGAACACAAGCCCCAGUGGACGCUGCAGAUGAACCUGAUGCUUCUAGUAAAGUCUUUGCAGACUCUCACGGCCAGGUUGAAGAAGUGAAUGCGAAUAUAACAAGAGAUUCAAACCUAACAAACAAGGAGGAGACACUCCCUCAAUCUCCACAAAAGCGGCUAUCUAAUCCAGUGGUGCGAUUACCAUCCCUCGAUGACAACUUUGGUCCCUUGGACUUGACCGUCAACCCUCUUCCGGAAAACUUCGUCCACGAUCACCUCCUCGCUGAAAACCUCCGAAUGAAGUACCGUGCUCACAGCGAGAAUUCGCUUCAGGAUUGCUUUAUGAGCACAACAUCGACCGAGAAGACAGAGACUGACAGUAUUGGAAGGGAAGGCGCUCAAGCAACCAUUAGCAAGAUCGCUCUCAGGUUCCGUACCUUGGGCUCGAUGAACUUUAACCGGUCCGGGAACCUUCGGGCGGAGCAGCAGAAAGAACAGAUGCAGAUGGAGAUGAAGAUGAGAAGGGAAUGCAAGACAAGAUUUAUACAGCUUUGAUCAUGAACCAAGGUUAGGGACACAUGGUUCAUCUCAUCAGAGCUAGGAAGGCAUUAAUUCACAUUAUUUAACUAAUACAUGAGGGUGAAUGCCCUUGUUGCUCUCAGCAGACUUGUUGUACAUGAAACUUGUAAUUCUUUGGAAGGCAUAUACCAUGUGAGUCAAAAAAAAAAUUACACCUAGAAAAUUGCUAAUUAUUUUAAAACUCAUCUAUGAACAGUAAAUUAUUAUACAUCUUAUGGAAGAGUGUUUUACCCAAAAUCGUUUGGUAUCAUUUUUGUGUGGUAUAUUUUCACGCUUGGAUGAACAGGGGACAUUGUUUGCGAGAUUG